GGUGUCACACUCGCACCAGUCGGUGUUUGGUGUUGCUGCUGUCUGCUGGUUUGCAUUCUCAUCAGCGAGGGGGCUGCCAUUAAUCACUUAGCAAGCGAGUCAGAAUAAAGCUUGGCCGUCGAGGCCAAGAAAUUCUAAACAGGCAAGGACUUGCCUUUUGAACCGAGGCGGGCCUGCUCGUGUUGCGCCACAUCGCGUCGCCUGGCUUGUCAGCCAUUCUUGAGCUGGCAGGUGGUCCCGUCCACCUCGCUCAUCUUGGCGCUACAGCAGCGCACAAUUCUUCUAGUCUUGACUGUAGCGCGUUACCGCUAGCAUGGCGGCUGCCUAUGCGCGGCCCAAGGACUCGGGCAACUUUCUUUCGCACGACAUGUCGCCCGUUGAUCCAGUCACAACAAAGGUGGCCACCGCCAAUCCCAUCUAUGAGCCUUCCACCGGCAGUCCUCGCCGCGAGUUUAAACGCACCAAUCAUGUGGCUAUUGGCAUUGAUGGCUCGGUCGGCAUGAUGGAGCACACAGUCAAAACUGGUCUGACAGAGUCGGUUGCGCUACCCGAGGCCCGCCGCCAACGCCCCGCUGAACAGGUUGAGGUCGCUCAGCGUGCAAACGAGUUCUUUCAAGGGAAACAAUCACAGCCCAUGGUGCGAACAAAUCCCGUGGGUAUCAAUCUGAUGUUUGACAACCCUGACGUUGCGGCGCAACGCAUGGCCGAUCAGAAAGCCCGCGAAAAGCAGUACAGCGAUGCAAACUGGGAGGCCAUUCAGGACCGCCGCCGGGCAGCCCGCGACAAUCGCCGAGAUCCAGUGCCCAAUGAUACAUCAGAUCCCUGGGAACGUGCGCGUCCAAAGGUCGGCCUCAAUGACCGGGUUCCGCGCAAGGCUGCGGCCUCGUCGGGUCUCAUGUUCCAGCAGGCCGACGGCGACUCGUACGUGGCUGCCGCUUUUGGCAAGGCCGGUGCGGGCGCCCCACGACGUCGUCCCGAUGGUCAGCCCGAUCCGAGUCGCCCGGGAAUCUUUGAGAAAAACCAGCCCUUUGAUAGCGGGCCCGCCACCUCCUAUGUGGGCAUGUACAUGGGCAAGCAUCGUAAUGUGUCAGAAGACCCAGCUGCUAAUCGUCGUAAACCCGCUGAGCGCGAUCAACCCGGUGAAUAUUUUGACAAGUUUAUGGGACAAGCCCAACACCGCACGAGCAGCGGUCGUAUUCAAGCCCAGCGCAUCAAGAAGGAUGUUGCCUUUGACACGCAAUCAGGCGCGAAUGAUUUCUUUGGUCCUUCAUUUGGCCAGAAGCCACGGGCUCAGGCACGCAUUGGCAUCAACCAACAGCUACAGCGCGAGUCCAAUCAGCAGCCCGGUACCUUUAUGGAUCGCAUGAAAGCCAUCGAGUCCCAGCACGCUCAACAGAAGCCCCUCUCCGUGCAACGGGACGAAGAAUUUUCUGUCGCCUUUCAGCGAGCGCGUGGGGGAGGCAGGACCAAGCCCACGGGUCCCCAGUAAACAGACUAGGAGUUGAUGCCCACCAGCUUUCGGCUCUUGGUGCACCCUUACGCGGAACCCAUGGCCGACUUGGCAGAAGCAAUCCGAUGGAAAGUCCGAUCUGCAAGCGAGCUGAAUUUGUGGGACGGGCGCAAUGCGCCUUGGCCAUUUGCGGCUUGGAGCGACAUUUUUUUUUUUUUUUUUUACAUGUGAAUGUGGGUUGUCGCCGGCAUGCCAGCCAUUCCUUACGCCAUGUUACUUUUUUAUUUCAUUCUUUGCGCUCCCGGGAGUGAGCCCGCGCUGAUCUGCGCUUCAUGGAGCCGUCCGUUGUUCUUGUUGCGAUACCUGUUUGUUUUAGCUUGUUUUCACGACACAAUUGAUGAUCAUGAAACAUG